GCCGCGGUGAUACCCGAUCGAAGAUGGCGGCGGCGGCAACACCUCAGUACGCGGCUCUGUUUCGAUGGGCCCAUCAUUGUGACAGCGUGAGCAUCGCUGGCUCCUUCAACAACUGGGGAGAAAAGUUCCCGAUGGAAAAGCAUGCGGAUGGCACGUUCUCGAUCGCGUUGGAUCUGGCGGCGGGAUUGUACCGCUACAAAUUCUUUGUGGACAACAAAGCGUGGAAGUAUGACCCUGAUUACGCCUUUGCCCAAGACGGGUACGGCAACCUCAACAACUUUAUCACGAUCACUCCUGCGGCGGGCGACGCCGUCCAAGUCCCGAUUCCAACCAUGCUGCGUGGCCCCGAUCUCCGCGAACUUCCAACGAUGAAUCCCGCCGCGACGAUUGCUUCCUCUGAAGUGCGCAAAAACACCACGCCACCGGUUCUUCGACCGCUGCCCCCGACGAUUCGUCGUCUGUCGGGAAAGCAUGCCUUCCCCAGCACCCCGGCCACCGACGCGAUCGUGCAGCAAUCUCCCCGUAUCAAACCGCGAUCUGAACUCAAGAAGAUGCCGCCGGCUCUCAUCAAGCGCGACUCGAUCAUCAAGCCGGACAAUGCGGAGUACGGACUCGAUGAGACUGCCGAGGCUGGUCGCACGCGCACGCCGUCUGGAGGGUCGAUGACGCGGUCCAAGAGCGAGGAAUCUCUCAAGGCGCUCGACGCUGGUCUCGAAAGCCGCGCAACUAUCGUUCAACCCGCGCCAAAGCGGCUUUCCGUCUCUCACCGCGAGUUCAGCCAGACGAGCAUCCUUCUGGCGGCGCGCACAGAGCACUUUGGUGGGGAUUUGGUCACUCAAGAGCACCAGAUGCGGCAACAGGACGGCGGCCAUCGAUCGACACUGUCGUACCCGGUUUCGAUGGCGAACGAAUCGCAGCAGCGCAGUGGGAAGCUUCUCAUUGUUCUCGUGGGACUGCCCGGCCGCGGCAAGACCUUUCUCGGCCACAUUCUCGCCAGACAUCUGACUUGGAUGGGCCACGCGACCAAGGUGUUUAACGUGAGCGAGUACCGCCGCACGAUCGUCAAGGCAGAAGUGACGCACCACUUUUGGGACCCUGACAACACGUCCGACUCGCAGAAGCGCGCCGAGAUUGGCGUGGCGUGCUUGAAAGAUGCGCUGGACGCCCUGGCCAACGACACGUGCACGUGCGCUGUGUUUGAUGCGACGAACGCUAGUGUUGCGCGACGCAAAGAAAUCCGCGAAGCGGCGGCGGCGCGGCCGUUCAAGUACGAGCUGCUCUUUAUCGAGUCGAUCUGCGACGACCCGGAGCUCAUUGCCAUCUCCAUCAACGAGAUGAAGCUCAACUCGUACGACUACGCGCACUUCACGCUCGACCAAGUCGUGGAAGACUACCAUCAACGCAUUGAGCACUACCGCGACGUGUACAUGCCGUUGGAAGAGACGGAGCGGUGCUCGUUCAUCAAGAUCAUCGACGUUGGCCGGCAGAUCUUUUGCAACCAAGUGUACGGCUAUCUUCAAUCGCGCAUCAUGUUCUUGAUGGCCAACCUGCAACUCCGACCGCGGCCGAUUUGGCUCAGCCGCCACGGCGAAAGCGUCUACAACACGCAGGGCUUGAUUGGCGGCGACUCGCCGUUGAGUCCGUGGGGUGUGCAGUACGCCGAGCAGCUCGACAAGUUUAUCCAAGCGCAUUACCCCGACGACACGCAGCUGAGUGUGUGGACGUCCACGAUGACUCGAACGGGCCAGACAGUGGAGCGCAUCGCGAGCCAUGGCCGCGUCGUGGUCAAGUGGAAGCAGCUGGACGAGAUCGACGCCGGUAUUUGCGACGGCAUGACGUACGAGCAGGUUGCGGCGCAGUACCCGGAGGAAUACCGCGCGCGCAAGACCAACAAGUUGCACUAUCGGUACCCUCGUGGCGAGUCGUACCAAGACGUGAUCCACCGCUUGGAGCCCGUCAUCACGGAGCUCAUGCGUCUCGACCGCCCGGUGCUCAUCGUGGCGCAUCAAGCAAUUCUCCGCGUACUGUACGCGUACUUGACCAACAAGCACCCGGAAGAGUGCCCGACGAUUGACAUUCCGCUCCAUGUCGUCAUUCAAAUCACUCCCAAGGCGUACCACUGCGAAGAAGUGUGGCACCAUCCGCUUUAGCGUGCAGGAGGUGGCCGACGAUGAACUGCGCGGACCAGGGGGCUCGAGUCGCAACAGUUUCACCCCGAGUAAUACGAAAUCAUCUUGUCUCUCGAUGCUGAAAAUGGGCGUCGGAGCGACUGCGA